AUGGGUUCGAAGGAGAGCUACAGGAACGAGCUCCGGUCAGCGAUCCGACAGCUCGGAGACCGGUGCCUGUACUCCGCUUCGAAAUGGUAACUUCUUCCUCUUAAGCAGCUCUUGUUGGCGCUGGGGUUGCUUCUGCUUGUAACUCUUUGUCCGCCUACGCUGUUGAUUAGGGCGGGAGAACUACUUGUGGGCAUCGAUCAGGACCAGCCUAGAUCCUCUGCCAUUGCUGGCAAGGCAACACCCUCGAGCAGCGCCCGUCCUCACCAUCAGCAAGAGCACCUCCACCGAGACGGCUCCAGCUUCCGCCGCAGUAGGUCCCGCCCUGGCGGGGAUAGCGAGGUGUUCUCUGCCACGCCCUCGGGCGGGGUGUCCUAUGUGAGCACCCCUUCCCCUGUGGAGGACGAGAUCGACGACGGUGCGGACUACUACCUCCUCGCCAAGUCCUACUUCGACUGCAAGGAGUAUCGCAGGGCUGCUCAUGUGCUCCGGACGCAGACAUCAAAGAAGUCCAUCUUUCUCCGGUGCUACGCUCUCUACCUGGUAUCCUUUUCUGCUACCGCAAUUUUAUGUCCUCUUUUGUUCAACUUAUACUCUGCCUGGUUCAUAAUUAUUUUACAUGUUUUGUCUCUAUUUUUGUACUUCGUAAUUAUUUAGUCGGUUUCAUCGGCCGUCUACAUUGCUUCCUGUUUGUUUAUGUUCUGACUUCUGGGUGGCUCUUAUAUUAAGGUGUUCUGCUUGAAUUCUUCUCGGCGAGUGUUUUCUUCAGGAUUGCUGUAAAAAUGUGGCAGUUAGGUUGCCAGCUUCUAAGGGUUCACAAGAUCAUGUGAAGCCAUCUGAAUGAGGUCGGGCAACAACAUUGAAGAAUAGGGUUCAAUAGUCGCCUUCAUAAGACCUGGAAACAUUCUUCACAUGUAUGCAAUCUACUUUUACUUGAUCUCCUUGAGAAAACAAAAUGCUUUGGGCCAUGAUUAGGUCCCCAUUAGAAUAUGAUGGGAGUUGCAUCAGUGUAAAGUUCAAAGAUAAAACUGGCAUUGGAUCCCACGGUCUAUCUUGCAACAGACAAUAGCCUCUGAACUAUUUUCUAGAGCACAUGACUUCUAAAUAAUGAUGUUACCCUAGCUGAAAAUACAUUUUUGAAAAAAAAGUCUGAUGCCAGGACGUGGAGAUUAUGUUUCUCUUUAGAAAAGGUUUUUAAAGCUUUUAGGGAUCAGACUCUAUCAGACGUGAUAAGAUUAUCCUCGUGUCAUACUGUUGAUAAGGUGCUUGUUACUCGAAAAUAAUGUUUUUUAAUAUCUGGAAAUAAUCUACACAUUUACCAGACCACACGCUGACUGAAUCAGUUUUACACAUACGAGUGAGAUAAACAAUCCCUAGAUUCUCUUCGAAAAGCAGAAAAUGAAAAUGAAAAAUAAAAUUAAAGUUCCUUUUUUUGGCAAUAAAAUUCAUUUGGAGAUAAAGAUCUGCAGUUUUAAUGUAUUACCCGUAUCUUGAUUAAUCAGUAACUACUAGCCUGUGUUAUGUUGUUAUGGAGGAGCUCUGUGCAUGGUACCCUGUGACAAUUACUAAGGCAGUGCUUGCUCCCAUUAGAUAUUUUUUCCUCUUUUAGAUAAAAUAGUAUUCUGGUCUACUUGCUGUUAAUACAUAAUCAGAUCCGUAUUCUGUAAUAUGCCAUAGAGGAAUAAUUUAUUGAAAUGAACAAUCAAAAACGUAGUGGGUCAUAUAAGGUGCCAAUCUAGACCUACUGAUUUCUGAUACUGUGCCUUGGAAAUAUGUUAUGUUCGAAUGAGAUGAAUCCCUGAAAAAUAAAGAUCCGGAACCGUAGAAAAGUUCGAAGAUGUUCUGUCUGUUUGUGCUUUACCUUUUAAAUCCUUGAUUCCAUGCAUCUCCGAAAUGUCUGGUCUCAUAUGCUUCAAGUGAGAUAAUAGAUGACGAGUUCGGUAUAAGGUAGCUGCAGAGGAUCCACCGACUCUCAGCCAAGCUAACUGGUUAUCUAAAACUCGUUCUAUGUAUUUGAAACCAUAGGGUUAGGGUCCUUCUUUAUUAAGUUGCUGAACUCUCCCCAUUUGGGCAUUUGAUCGGUUAUUUGCACAUGCUGACGUUAUUCUGCAUCAUUUUCUGAUAUCUUACGAAUUUAUGUAUUAAGAUUUAUGCUUGGAUUUGCUGUUAUUUUCUAGGCUGGAGAGAAACGGAAAGAGGAAGAGAUGAUUGAACUUGAGGGACCGUUAGGGCGGAGUGAGGUGUGCAACGGCGAAUUAACUCAUUUAGAGAGAGAACUUUCCGCGCUUCGAAGAAGUGGUGCCAUAGAUGCCUUUUGUCUGUACUUGUAUGGGAUUGUUCUCAGAGAUAAAGGGUGUGAGAGCCUGGCCUGUUCUGUUCUAGUGGAAUCUGUCAACAGCUACCCUUGGAAUUGGAGUGCCUGGUCAGAGCUGCAGGGUCUAUGCACCACCCUGGACAUUUUAAGAAGCCUAAAUCUCAAGAACCACUGGAUGAAAGACUUCUUCCUUGCCAAUGCAUACCAGGAGCUGAAAAUGUACAAUGAAGCCCUGGCAAAAUAUGAGUACUUGCUUGGGAUCUUCCGAUUCAGUGAUUACAUCCAGGCCCAGAUUGCAACAGCUAAGUACAGUCUAAGGGACUUCGAUGAAGCUGAGAUUAUUUUUGAGGAGCUUCUCAGGAUUGACCCAUAUCGUGUUGAUUCCAUGGACAUUUAUUCAAACUUACUCUAUGCGAAGGAGUCUUUCUCGUCACUGAGUUGCCUUGCCCACCGAGUGUUCUUGACCGACAAGUACCGACCGGAGUCCUGCUGUAUUAUUGCAAACUACUACAGUUUGAAAGGCCUGCAUGAGAAAUCUGUAGUUUACUUCAGGAGGGCAUUGAAGCUCAACAGGAAAUAUCUCUCAGCAUGGACCUUGAUGGGUCACGAGUAUGUUGAGAUGAAGAACACGCCAGCUGCGAUCGAUGCCUACCGCCGGGCUGUUGACAUAAACCCACGUGACUACCGGGCCUGGUAUGGCCUGGGGCAAACAUAUGAGAUGAUGAACAUGCCCUUCUAUGCCCUUUAUUACUUCCGCAGGUCGGCAUUUCUUCAGCCCACUGAUGCCCGUCUUUGGAUCGCCAUGGGGCAGUGCUAUGAGAGCGUGCCUCUGCAGAUGCUCGAGGAGGCAAUCAAGUGUUAUGCUCGAGCGGCCAACUGCAAUGACAGAGAAGGGAUAGCUCUUCACCAGCUGGCGAAGCUGCACAGUAUACUCGGGCGAUCUGAGCAGGCUGCAUUUUACUACAAAAAGGAUUUAGAGAGAAUGGAGGCCGAGGAUCGGCAGGGCCCGAACAUGAUCGAAGCCCUGCUUUUUCUUGCCAGGCACUGCAAAGCCGAGAAGAGGAUUGAAGAGGCAGAGAUGUACUGCACACGGCUCUUGGAUUAUACUGGCCCGGUGAGUUCUUCACUCUUCUCUAAAGGGUUUGGAAAGCUCAUAUUUGUUUGAAUAUCACAAUUACAGGAGAAUCAUUUCUAUUGCAUAAACAGUUGUAAAUUCCUCUGAGAAAGAUUUCUGCUCAUUUUUUACAUGGUAUAUACAUUAUCUUACUUACAGGAGAAGGAAACAGCGAAGAGUCUUCUCCGGGGGUUGAAGAUGGCUCAGUCUGGGUUUCCAUCGGUGGAGUUCGAGCAUUUCGGUCCAUGA